GCCAGUUUGUUCUAUCGGUCGGUUCGGAUUAGUCGUGCGCUCGUCGGUCUCUAAGUAUUCACUUCACUCAAGUGAAUUUAGUGCCACUCAAUUACCAUUUUUUCCCAUUGAGAAUAUCGGAUAUCGUACUAAGCAGCCUGUUGUCCGUUGCCGUGGUACGCUACCAAAGAAUCUUUGAAAGUUGAAAUGAGCGAGAAGAUCAGUUGCAUUACUCAUCAGCUGCGAUAACGAAAGAACGAAGAUCGCCGGAUGUAAAAUGGAAAAGUGGACUCGUUUAUUAUUGGUUCUAGCGUUGGUGUUAUAUUGCUGCAGCAGGACACAUGCAGAGAAAAGAAAUCCACUUAAAGAUCCACGGAUAUGUGGGCGGCCCCAGUGUAAAGCAGAAUUGAACAACAAAUUCAAGUAUAAAAACCACACGCUUUACAAAUAUGACUACGCUAUGUACGUCAAAACUGAGUUCUCCGGAAGCGGAGAGAAUUCAUCCGAGCUCCAUCUGAUCGCCGCUGUCCAGAUAGAAUUCACCAAACCAUGCCAGGGUUUGCUAAAGCUGAACUCAAUCGAAGUUAGAGAUCGACCCCUGCCAGUUGUACCCGAGCAAGACUUUGAAUACGGUGCGGAUUACGAGGAACCCCCACCCGAUGUUGGUCAGCAUCCCAAAAGUGAAACGAUAGCGGACGAGCUGACGCGUUUCGAGCUGAAAUUUGCAUUCCACGAUGGUAUUGUUAGUGAGAUAUGCUACGAAACGGAUGAACCGGUGUGGACAUUAAAUCUGAAACGAGGCAUCCUGUCAUCGUUCCAAAACAGUAUGCCGCGGUUCGAUAUAGACUAUCACACUACCGAGACGGACGUUUCCGGAGUUUGCGAUGUGGCAUACACAAUCAGUGGAACCAAUGACACGAAGCUGAUGAUUACCAAAACGAAGGAUAUUACAUCUUGUAAGAAGCGGUAUAAAACCAAUUCGUUCAUUCAAACAGUUCCGUAUGAUUUCAGACCGGAUUACGUUGCUUGGCCACUUCUGAACUCCACCAGUUACUGUAGCAUUUCUGUAGACGACUUCAUAUACAGUGAGGUCGAGUGUUUCGAACGGCAUCAGCUUGUGCCGUUCUCGAAUCAAAAUGCAGGUGCGGUGACGAAAGUCUACAGUAGACUUGCCUUUGCCGAUACGGAAUCGUAUUCACCCGAAGAGCAUAAUGACGACGAAUAUGAGAUUCAGAAGCGUUCCACACUUAUCUACGAUCAUACACCAUCGGCUCGGGACAGCCAUGAUGAAAUAAAAGCAUCACGUGAGAUACUGAAGGAACUCUGUCGAUCCGGUUUUCCAGAUAUUAGGCGCAAUUUCCCCGACGUGUUCUUAAAUUUUCUUUCCACUACUAGGGUUCUCUCCUUCACGGCUCUUUCACAGCUGCUGUACCGGUCGAAGAGCAUAUGUGAUAAUGGAAGGAAUCACGUUUUAGAUAGUCUUCCGUACAUUGGAAGUCCCGCUUCGGUAACCCUUAUGAAGGAUCAAAUUGUGAAACAGCAGAUUCCGAAUGAUUUAGCGAGGCAAUGGUUAGAUUCGUUUGCGUGUCUCACCAGACCCAACGAAGAAGUUCUCGAAGCUAUGUUGGAGCUAGUUGAACAUGGAAAGAAUAUUGGCGAGAAAGAGUUUAUUCUCGCUGCCACAUCUGUGGCUCACACAUUCUGUACCGUCCAUGUAGAUUGCACAAACAGCGAAGGUAUCCAAGCGAUUGUCCAUCUCCUGGAAACCGACCUGAUUGAACAGCUGGCUUCUACGGCUGAGCUAACCAGGCGUCAGCGAGAAAAUAUACUCGUUAUAUUGAAAGGACUAGGGAAUAUGGGAGUGAUCAACGCAGAAUAUUACCACGUCCUACGAAAAAUCAUCGAAAACGAAGCACUACCCAAUGAGAUCAGGCUUCAGGCUGUUUAUGCGUUCCGAAGACACGACUGCAUCCGAACUAGGGAUUACUUCCUGAAACUGUAUUCAAACUUUGAAAAUGACAUCGAAAUCCGAAUAGCCGCGUACCAGCAAUCAAUGCGAUGUCCGGACUAUCUCUCUAUCAAACUUAUCAAAUACAUGCUAAAAAUUGAGGAGGUAAACCAGGUCGGAUCGUACGUUUGGUCUCAUUUGAGCAAUCUGGCAAAAAGCGCUUCGCCGGUGCAGGUGGAAGCGCAAGGUCUUCUGGCAGACAAUGAUAUUGGCAAGCGAUUCCAGAUGGAUAUCCGGAAGUUCUCGCGAAACUAUGAACACACAUUAUUUUUCGAUGACUACAACUUUGGUGUUGCGACGGAUGCCAAUUUGAUCUUCAGUACGGAUUCGUACCUACCGAAAACAGCUUCACUGAACCUAACCGCGGACGUAUUCGGUGAAUCUGUGAACUUUUUGGAACUCAAUGCACGCACCGAAGGAUUCGAAUAUUUGGUUGAAUCGAUAUUUGGUCCCACGGGACCAUUGAAUUCGAAGAAAAUCAAGGAAUAUACCGCAACUGUUUCUUCAUUGUUCAACUCGGAAUCAGAAGAGGACGAACAAGCCGGAUACGAUCCAACUGGACACAUGCGAACGAGACGGGAGUCGGGUGAUAGUGGAGAAUAUACAUUUGAAGAAGAUGAAAUUAGAACCAGAGAAAAACGCGAGGACACAAGAAGUCCAGUCAUUAUAUCUAGGGACAUCCAUGAGCAAAUCGACGACAUGGGUUACAAAAUGAGGACUGAUUUCAAAGACCCCCAUGCAUCGCUUGGGAUCAAAAUUUUCGGCAACGAUCUUAAAUACUACACGAUUGAAGGAUUCGCCGAAACAAUGAUGGCUGCUGAGAAAAUAAAUCCUCUCGCCAAACUGAGACAACUUCUUUCAGGAAAGGAAAUUUCGUACACGAAAUCCGGAGUAAUUUUGGACACGUCUUACGAUGUCCCGCUCAGUGUCGGAUUGCCGUUAGCGCUAAGCGUAGUUGGUGCAUCAUCUGUUGAUCUCCGAAUGGCAGGAUCAUUCAAAGCAGCGGAUGUUUUCAGUCCCAAGCGCCACAUUGAUGUUGAAGGCAAAAUCAAGCCAAGUAUUUCGGUCGAUAUCACAGCGACUAUGAAAACGGACUUUAUUCACACGGCCACUGGAAUAAAAGUCAAGAGCAAUCUGUACUCCAGUUCCGCACUUGAAGCCAAGCUCAAGGUGAGAGGAGAUCGUCUUGCUUCACUUCAAUUUUCGUUACCACAAGAUCACAACGAGAUCUUCAGUGUUCGAUCGGAAAUGCUAGUGUUCCACGAUUCCAAAGAAAUCCACCAGAAGGGAAUCGAACGUCGCUAUUCGAACUCGACCUGCACGUGGCCGGUCAUCGAUCGAGCGAUUGGUCUCAAGCUCUGCGCAGACUACAGUUUGCCAGAUGUUAGCAACAAUACAGAAGUCCCUAGCUUGAUCCUGAGUGGUCCCGUCAAUAUGGACAUAAGUCUGCAGAAGGCAGAUCCCACGGCUAAAGUUUUUCUCUUUCAGUACGCUUGGGACAGCCAACAGAACUCCUCAAGCGGCUCGAUAAUUUUCGAAACACCAAAUUCUCAGAUACCGAGAAUUUUCAUUGCGAAUAUCUCGGCGGACCCUGAAGGGUACAGCGUUUCGAUGGGUUUCCGAAAUGGGGACACUUCACAUUCGGCGAUUGGUAUUUAUAAAAACAACAAAGAUCAGCGAUGGCUGGAUAUGUCUUUGAAUGUGAAUGAUCGAAAGUAUCUGGCACUCGAGAUGGGUUAUAACAAAACGGAAAUCAAGUACGGUAUGAUAUACAGCCCUACCCUGUUUCUGUCGGUCAACAACGAUCGGAUAGCCGGGAUGGCUGGUCAGAUUAAAAUGACAGACAAGAAAGGCAUCAAACAGUGGGAUUACAGUCUCCAGUUCGAAACGAAACGAGUUCAGACGAAAAUCUUGGGUUAUAUCCAACAAACACAGGCCUCAAUUACGAGUAAGCUUUCAAUGGAUUAUAGGUUCAUCAAUGGGAAGCUUGAGCGACUCACACUCGGAGGAACGCUGGCGAAUAGAAGCAACAGAGGCCGCACAGAGUACCAUGGUUCUUUUGAUCUACGUUCAACGGCCUAUCCAUACUUUGAUUUCGCUUCGAACCUAAAGUUCCUUUCGGCGAUGGGUCACAUCGAGUGUAAAGUGGAGUACAAUAAUGCGCCGGAUUUGAAGGAUCCGAACUAUACGACAACCUUACGGCUGAUAUUUGCUCGCUUCCAUGUGCCCGACUCUGGCAGAACUAAAGCCUCUGUCGAACUGACCAGACCACGCUCGAGAAUGGAUUUCAAAGCAAUGAUCAAACAUGAAAAUAACAUCAAGAAAGGAACUGAACAUAAUGUGCUCAUGUUAUUACGAUACGCUACGAACAAAGAGGUUACUGCCGUUUUCUCUGUGUAUUUACCUCGUGGAGUGUUGUUUGCCAUCGACACAGCUGCCAAUAUCACAGUUCCUGGCUUCGACUCGUGUACGAUCCAUUUCAGAGUGACGGAGAAAAUCCGGAAGGAGUACUACUUCGACAUCACUGGUAUGUGGUUCUCAGGCCAUUCAAUCACUAUCAAUGGAUGGUACGAGGAUCGUAGCUCGUUCAUCAAAACCUACCAUCACAUCAAGAUGGAUGCUCAAAGCCCCUCGUUCGGUGACCUCACGGCCGAUGUUAAAUACGUCCGUGAUGAAAUCGAAUACAAAUUAGAGGCCAAUGCCGAGUAUGGUAAACAACCUUACGGGAUAACGGUAAAGCAUUCGCGAGAAUUAGAAAAUGGUACCAAUACAUAUGCGGGUUUCAAGUGGCGGGACAGCUUAUACUGGGUUUCAGCCGUAAUGAAUUCCGCUCCGAUUAAGCAGCUGGUACUUGAAGUUCAUAUCGACAAAUUGCGAGACAUUAGUGUAACGUUGAAAGGCUACUCAACCGAUCGGAAGAGGGAAGCAGGCGUGGAAAUCAAAUGGGACGCAAACCGAGACCCAACACAGAAGAUCGCAAUUACUGGGGAGCUUAAUACGCCAAAGUAUCGUAUCUUCAAUGGGCGGUUCCUGGUGGCUUAUCCCAAUCGGACUGUCAGUGGUGUUUUCGAUCUUAAAGCAAUCGAUCCCAACUAUAUGGCAAACGCUAGAAUAUCCUGGAACACCACCGAAACCAUUGAACUGAAGCUGGAUGCGGGAUCGGAUGAGGAGAUCCUCCGGAAUAUGUGGUUGCUGUUCAAACUAACCACCCCUUUCGAAGGUUGGCGAUAUAACGCUUUAAACGGCGGAUUCUAUUUCAAGGAUAAUCUUCUGAAAACAAACAUUUCCGCCAACUGGGCGGAAGAUCAAAUACUUGGAUUGGAAGUAAUGGGCCUCUACCAGUCCAACGACUCUGACUUUAACUGUGAAAUGAAAACGAAAUUGCACAGCUCAAUUCCACACGUCCCCACGGUGAAGGUUCAUCUGAAGCACAAAUACGACAUCAAACGAGUGGAUACUGUUGUUACUGUGAACCACACUGUGACGGAUGAACCACCGCAAGUGUUCUCAGUCCGGUCCGCAUGGCAAUACGAUCACGACGAAAUGUAUCGUAAUAUUUCCGGUAAGCUAGCGCUGAUGAGUCCAUUCGAAGGAUACAAAAUGGGAGCGCUGUCCACGAAGUUUUCGCUAAGUGAAAGUCGCGAGCUUCAAGGUGCUGCUGAUUUACAGCUGGAUGAAGACAAGUAUGAACUUGUGCUAAGAGGACACGUUCGUAACCUGGUGGACAAUAUGCUGACCGUUAACGUAACUUCGUCGAACGAGAAGUUCAGAAAUAUCAAUGGACGAGUCGGUAUCAGUGAGAAAGAUAGGUAUGUUGUUGCGGAAAUUAUAACUCCCAGAAGUGCCCUGGGAGUGGAGAUCCUGUUUGCGCUAGUGUCCGCCUACGAUUUUGAUGUGAAAUUUUACUUAGCCACCCCUUUGAAGGAUUUCGAGAGGGUUUUGCUGAGAGGAAAGUUGAAACCGGACAACGUUGACUUCCGAAUUGGUCUCAAUAAAAUGAUCAUAGGCUUCGUAGGUGUUUGGCGCAAACAACACUUGAAAAAUUUCGAAUACUCGUACAAAGUAUUUUCGCCACUGCCCAAAUUCGAAGAGAAUGGAAUCAUACUGAAGUUGAUUAUUAAUGAGGAAAACAGUGAAUAUUUCGAUUUGGAGUUCGGUGGCAGACUCUCACAAUACAAAUUGGGUCUGAAGGCGGUCUCAGAGCCAAAGCAACGAUUACUACAGCAACUCGGAGUGCAAAAGGCAUUCGAAAUAAUAGAUGAAUUUCUCGAAGAGUCUCCUAGUAGCCGAGAAAUGGAUCUUGAUGAGGAAGAAGACGAAGAGGAAGAGGACGAGGAAAAUCUUAUGAACCUAGUGGGAACCGUAGAAAUUGAUACAAUCGUGUGGCCGACCAUAACCGGUUCCGUGGAUCUGGAAGAGCAUAAUUCUAAAUACUACAUAAGCGGGAUGAUAAAUUUACCCCAAGGUCAGGUGGAUAUUCACGACCGUUUCUGGCUGGAGGACUUGAUGAACAUGAAGAAUCUUCUGAAGGUUAAAACUCCCUUCCCGUUUAUGAAAGAAAUUCAGUCUGGGUUUGAAUUGAGGAUACCCUACCCCACGAACAAAUUUGUGGUUGGCUUCAAUGUACUCGUGUUGAACGAAACGGAAUGGGUCAACAGUGGAUUCCACAUAUAUUACAACGUUACGGAUGAUGAAUCGGACACGAAAACUCAUCACGCAAUUGUUAAUCUAAUGACUCCAAUGAACAAUCUGAAAAAAGUUCGUCUCCACGGUGUGCUGGACAUCGAGGAGCAUGGGUACAAGGGGAAUCUUACGGCAAAAACAAGCACCACCGAAGCAUCCAUGGCUUUAGGGUUUGAGAGCGAAGACCAAUUCAUCGAUUCUACGUUGUCAAUAUGGGUGCAAGCUCCAUUGGUACCGUACUAUGCGUGUCGAGUGUUCUACAAACAAGAUUUUGCUGGAUCGGAUAACUUAAUGGAUAUAGGAUUCGCCGUAAUUGAGGGGGAUCAACACAACCACUUACGCGUGGAUGGAGUAUGGUCAACGGCCGCGCCACACUUUUUGGUGGGCAAAGGGAAGUAUCGAUCCAACAUUCUACCACUGGAGAUGAUCGAUAGUGAAUUUGUGGUAACUCGUGACCCAUAUCCAAAGGCACAAUUUGAGUUACGAUACAACCACAGCGAUGGUCAUCUGCAACAUGUUCGUGCCACAGCUUCACGGAAUCGAGAAAUGUUCACGAUUGAACUGAGCAUUCCGAUGCAUGAAUACCAGAAUAUGUCGCUGUAUGGCAGAUUGCUUAAGAAACGAGGCAACGAAUACUCUGUGGCUGGUCAGUUCUAUCGCAACGAAGAGGUAUUCAACGUCGACGGGGAUGCUGUAAUCAUUGAGGACAUUCCCAAAAAUGUUGCACUGAACUUGAAACCAGUUGGUGGUGGAGAGGAAGGAUCAAUAACUUAUGCGUAUUCAGUGACUAACGACGUUACUAGUUUUCAAGCAAAAUUUGAACGUGGGAACAAAAACACCAAUCUAGAUGGAAGUUUCAAAUUCUCGUCCCUUGCUGACUGGAACAUCGGUGUAGACUCGAAGUCAUCGGAAUCGGAAUUGAAUGAUAUCGAUCUUAAAGUCGGUAUAAGUCCCAGCGAUAAUGACAAUGCUUUGGGAAAACUGAAACUCAGGACACCUUGGAAGCGCUACGGGAUCGAAAGAAUUGACGUUAUAAUACUAUUUGACGUACACCCGAUUUCCGGAGCAGUGAUGGCGAACUAUAGUAUUCCUCCCAUUAACGGUGAUGCUAGCUGCAUGUGGAAUUGGCAUCUAUUGGAAAACAUGCAAUUUAAGUUACGCAACCGAGUGAGGCGAGACUCUGUUGAACGGUAUUUCCAAACAGGUAUACGCUAUCUUCACCCAGAUUUGGAGAGCAAUCACAACAUGACCUUCGGAGGCGAUUUGAACCUGAAUAAUAUUUGGGUUUUCAGUGCAAAUGUUUCUGCAAACUUAAUCUCUAUAUCGGAUCUUUCGGGCAUUAUCAGAGUUCAUCUUCCAAAUCCUGUCGGCGAUGUCCACAAACUAGCUGCUAGUAUGAAAGGUAAUAUCCCGUUCCUGGAAAACGUUCGCACAUUCAACUUUGAGUCGUCGUACGAAACUGAGGAGUCUCGGAAACGGUAUGCCUGGCGCUCGGAAUACGAUCGCGUAAACGAUCUACGCACUCUGUUCCGUUUCGAGUGGGGACCUGAUGUGCGUUCGGAACAGGUUCAGUCUAAUUUCGAUGUAAUCAAGAACGGCGAAAAACACGAAAUUUCAGCGAAGCUACGCGGGCCAUGGUAUACCGAGGAUGCGUUUCAUGCCUUGGCUGUAUACAGUAACGACGAUAAUCUGUUCCUGGUGAAUGGUAACGUGUCCAUGCCCGCCUCACGUAAAGUAGCCGAGGCGAAUGUUGCAUUUGCUAACCUUUCUAACAUGAAAGGGGACGUUAACUGCACUACUCCAUUCUUGAACGUGACAUGGUUACACGGCCAAUUGGAGUUUAUUGAGAGUCCACUGGAAUCGAUUCGUUACCUGAAAGCCACGUGGCCAGAAUCCAGUGCCAUACUGGACGCGAAGACAACAUAUAGUAGUAGUCCACACAAUUUGGACCGUGAGCAGCAGGGUACAAUAAAAAUUGAAAUACCUCUACAAACGAGACACUAUGCCGAGGUAAAGUAUGGCCUUGCUGAAAGGCCGGCAAUAACUACCGGCCAUGCUGAAAUUGACUACAACAACCGGCAGGUUCUUAGGGGCCAGUACACUUCGAAACAGGAAUCCAGAGCGGGUCAUGAGAGGGAAACAGUUGACGUAAUAUUGGAGAACGAUUUCAAGCCUGUCGGAGUGCACUACGUGCACACCAAGCUUUAUAAGGAUGCAGAGAGAGAAAUUGAUACCAAACGGGCCGAAGUGUUCGAGCUUCGCAACAAACAAAAGUUCAACAUUACAGGUGAACUUCAGAUAACCUCAAGGGACACCGGUAGAGAAUACAUCAUUACAGCAAUUCACCCAAACCGAACCGUGGUCCUGACGGCGGAUUACGACGAAAAAGGCGACACGAUAAAGCAGAGAUCAAAGCUUCAGCUUUCGCCGAAACGUUGGAUUGCAUACGACAUUCAUUUGACUAAUCUUUCCAAAGCGGAUAAUAUCUCACAGAACUUUAGACUGGAUAUUUCCUAUCCUCGGAGAAACUUAUCGGCUGGAGGGUGGUACAUGGUGACCGAUAACGCGUUUGAUUCAAAAAUAUCGCUCCAUUAUACACCGAACAAAACAGCAUACGAAGAUGAUGUUAGUGAACGUACACUGCAAGGUGCUCUUCGGUGGGUUGACGAGUCAGUCAGCAAUGCAACGAAGCAUAGUUUUGUGGUAUUAUUGGGUCAUCCUAGUUUUGAGCAGGACGUCACCCUUGAAGGAGUCUACUACUCAGACGAAAACGAUCUACUCAAAACAAACGUAGAUGUUCGGUAUACCCACGCAGAUGAUCAUCACCUCUUAGUGGGAUUCAAUGCGAGAGACCUUACGCGAAUGGUUCGAUAUCGAAAUUAUUCAUACCACGGGUAUGGCCAGCAUGAAGCCUCUAGCCUAGAUUUUGACUCGGUCGGUUCGAUUGGGCUUCGCUUGGGUUUGUAUGAGAUCAACUCCAACUCGCACUACAAACGGGGAUACCUGUCACAAAUGGAAGGUGUAGUGGUUGGUAGAAUGGAUGUCAAAAAAAGGGAAAUACUUUUGGAGAAAAUGACAUCUCAUAGCAACUAUCGGCUCUGGGGUAAAGCGUCAGGCAACUAUCCUGUCUACAUGGUUAACGGAAGCUUGCUGGAUGGACAAGAACAAGACUCAGCAGGAUUCUUCCUCAUCGAUAUUGAUGAGAAGCUUGUUGAAAUGAAAGUUAACAUGACCCCAGACGCUUCGGAGAACAUCUAUAUGUAUGGAAUUAUUCCGGACUCGAGAAGUGCCUAUUUCGAUUUCUGGCGGGACUACGAUACCUCGCGGGAGGUUGACGUUGCAUACUAUUUGAAGAUGAACCAUUCCCGACUAGUGACCAGCAAACUGCACUGGCGGCCGGAAAUUCGAUCGGAUGUGCGCAAUCUUCUCCGCAACUAUUUCUCCUCGAUGCACAAUUCGUUUACCGAGUCCCUGGAGUUUUGGGUAAAGCAAUUUUACCUGGAAUCGAAGGAAUCAGUGAACGGGGUUUGGGAAUCAGCACAUCCGUACAUUGAAGGAUUCCUGGACGAUGUGUCCGGUUUGAAUGUAAUUCAGGAUGACUUGGAGGACCUGCGUCAAUUCUUGAACGCUUCCUACGUGGCGGAUGAUUUCUACAUUCGGUCGGUGAUCAAUUUCACCGUUACCGUGUUGGAUGAAUUGGCAAUCAAGAAUAAAAUCACAUCUCUCCCUAAGAUCAUCACCGAGUUUUGGCAGGUCAUGGGUGAUUCGGGACAGGCGCUCAAAAAGUCAGUCACGUGGCUUAUGGAGACCAUCAGAGUGUCAUACCAGAAAUUAGUCGACGUUAUAGGACGCAUCCUACAGGGAGACUCAAUGAGGUACCUUUCUGAAGUUUUGGAAAACUCGGUUGCUCGAUAUGACAAGUUUAUAAAGGAUGUGCACCUGCAGUUUAUAAAGAACGUCCAAGAACUUUGGAAUAAGCUAUCGGAGUUGAUUACUUCGUAUUGGCAGCGUAUGUUGAUGAACAUAGAGCCCUCAGUAAUCAAACUAGCUCAUUACGUAGAAUCUUUGACGUGGCAUGUAGGUCACGAAGUGUUCACUUUCCUGUACAACAAAACACAGGAAAUUGCUGAGUCCCCAUAUUUCACCAAGGUAUCCAAUUUCACCCAGGAUUUGGACACCCUAUACAAAGAUCUGGUCCAAAAUGACAUAAUCACCAACACUAAGAAAUAUGGCGCCAUUGUGAUACGUUUCGUGAAGGAGAAGUUCUUUCGACUGGUACCAUUCGGGCGGGAGUUAAGUCAAGUCACCACCGAGCUAUGGGAGGAAAUAAAGCAACUGCAGAAGUUAGAAUAUGUUCAAUUCAUUAUGCAGCACGUCAAUGACAUACGUGCGAAGAUCGAAUGGCUAGCAGAAGAGUUUCAGUUGGAGAAGCGUCUGCAUCAAUUGCUGCGAAUUGCCAAAAAUAAGCUAACGAAAUACGCACAAACUGCCCUGCAGGCGGAAAAUCGCUACCGUGAGGCGAAAACCAAGUUUAUCUUCGAUCCCGAUCAAGGAAUAUUAGAGUUGGAACAGAAGCUACCAAUGUCGUGGCAUGCGUUCAACGAAACGCCAAAGUUCGAAGAGAUCCCGGAGUAUAGAUUUGUCGGUGACAUUCAGGACUUUUUCACGGGAAGCAAUACCACCAUUUGGUCACUGUAUAGCGGUUUGAGACACUAUACGGACCCCAAAAUGUGGUUGCCACCGUUUAAAGCAAAUUCACUACUCGUUGGAGCAAGGCACUACAUGUCGUUUGACAGACGAUUUGUGUCAAUUGAUUUGAGCGAUUCGAACGAAUAUGGGGAUGUGAAGCAAUGCUCUUAUGUUUUAGCGCAUGAUUUCUACAAUAGGACAUUCACGCUUUUGCUGGAACCAUCGGUCCAAGAGAAAGGUGGAAAAAUGUCCCGCAUAAUCACUUUAGUAUCCGAAGAUAAUCUGCUCGAGAUAGACAUAUUCGAUACCUCUGUGAAAAUCGGUCGUAACGUCACAACCGCCCUUCCCGCUCAGAUAGGGGACACCGUUGUCUAUCGUGAGGCCGACCUUCUCACGGUGAAGUCUUUUAGAGGAUUCCAGUUGACCUGUAGUUUGCAGUAUCACAUGUGUUCAUUUGAUCUUAGUGGAUGGUACUUCGGAAAAAUUGCUGGCAUCUUGGGAACCAUGAACAACGAGGCGUUUGACGAUUCCAUUACAUCCGAUCGGCAAUAUGCCUCUUCGAAGGAGCAGUUCAUCAAUAGUUGGAAGUUGCCCGGAUGUGAAACAAAUGUGGAAACCACCAACCACACUAGCAACUAUUUCUCUUCAUCCAAUGAGUUAAGUCAGCUAUGCGAAUCCUUUUUCCGGCAAAAACAUUCGUAUUUCGCUUCAUGCUUCCCGAUAGUGGACUCCACGCCUUUCUUUGAAAUGUGUCUCGACCUUGGGCUCCAUUUGGAAGCCAAAGCGAAUGACCCAUCAAACAACGGCGCGUGUACCUCUGCACUCGCAUACAUGGAAGCUUGCAGUCUGGAAGAUAUGCCACUUCGAGUUCCAGACACAUGCAUCCAUUGCAAACUCAUCAAUGGAUCGUAUGUCCCCGAGGGAACUUUCGUUCCGAUAAAAGACGACGAGAUACCACAAACUACGGAUAUCGUGUUUAUCAUUGAAGCAAAGCCGUGCAAUCACAAUAUAACCACUUCAAAGAGCAUCAUGACAAUGGUUCAAUCUCUACACAAGGAACUACUAGAGCUGAACAUAACUGAAAAUCGAUAUUCUGUGCUGUCGUUCGGAGGAGCAUCGCCGUUCGAUAAGCCACGCAGUGUCACUGUCAAUGAUAACGUGUUCGUUUCUCACGAAUUUAUCGAACCAUUCUUCAACCACAUUACCACUUCACCCGGAACCAACGACGACAUAUUCGACGCUAUCAUUGUGGCCUCCAAACUAGUAUUCCGACCCGGGGCAUCGAAGACCUUCAUCCUAAUGCCAUGCUCCAGAUGUGCAAGCUCGAGUAUGAAACUAGACUAUUCGUCGCUUCUCCAGCUGAUGCUGGAGAAUGGAAUCAAGUUACACAUUCUCACCGAUCAGGACAUUGAGUUCGACAAGUCUCGUGUGUCCCGAAUGUUCUUUGGGAUGGAUCGCGACAAAGCCUACACCAAAAAGGAUCUCAAAGAUGUGGUUGGAGAUGCCGAUCUGCGGAAACAGGUACGACUGCCGAAGGCAACGCUUGGCAGUUGUGCCGCAUUGGCAUUGGAAACGGAUGGAUCGGUAUUCAGUGGACGCAAGCUGCGUCCAGAACGUCGGAAUCCAACGAAGAAAUUCAUUACGGUGUUCACGAAGAGAGUGGCCCUCACGGCUGCACCAAACGCAUGCCAGACGUGUGAAUGUACGGGUCACAAUACUGGAGUUUCUUACAUGCUCUGCUUGCCGUGUAGUUAUCCUUCUGCCUUCAGCUUAGACCACGAACGUAUGAGCGAGGAUGAGUUACUGUCAGUUUUGCAGCCAGACCAUGACUGGGACUGGGAGGAAGAUGAUGAAUUAUUAUAAAUUAUUAUAAUAACAUAUUGUUAGGACAAUAUGUUACACAAGGCUGUAUAUUAAAAUGAAUCUUUUUUAUUAGGAAUAAAAAAAGCGUUUCGUAUUUGAUCGGAUUUAUUUAGGGGCCGUCCACAUACCACGUGGAAAACUUUAUGGGGGGUAGGAGUUACGAAAAUGUCCACGCUUGUCCACGGUGAGAGAGGAGGGGGUUUAGAUAAUGUCCACGUGGAUACGUAAAAUAUAUUUUUAAGUAAAACAUUCAUGGUUAUAGUCAAAAUUGAAUGAGAUCAGCACUGUAUUUACAACAUGAUUCAAACUUUACGCUCGCCCUGAGUACUCUGUAUUUAUCAAUAAAAAGACUAAGUUGCCAAGUCAAACAUCCAUAAUUUUUCAUGUGGCUGAUCUUCUUCCCUGAGAUGAAUAUUCUGAAAGAAUCGCACAUGAACUGGGAUCGAUUAAUCUAUUCCAAUCGCUAACAGUGGACCAUGAAUUCGGUCAGGAUAAAGACACAAAGAAUGCUGUAAUUUUUGUAGUAUUGAAAAUCACAACUUAUGUAAGGAUUUAAAAACAGCUUCCGCUCUUGAUGACAAAA